AUGCACUGCCUGUUGGGAUCUCUGCCAGAACCUUCUGCGGUUAAAGAUCUUCUUCAAACUCGUGGUGAUGGCCAAUUGAAUGACGGAAUUGUCGCCGAGAUCGCAGUGCAUGAUAAAGGAAAUGAAACGGCAGCGAGAAAGUCGCAGGUGUUCGGGUCAAGUGGUGGCGGCGGCGUACGUCGGGAGGUGUGCUCGCGGAACGUUUGGAUCGGCAGCAAGCUUGUAUCAAUUUCUAGGGAAGAAUGUGGACCGAGGUUUUGGUAUCGUAUCCGUGCGAAGGAAGGGAGGAGAAGCUGGUCAGUCCUGUUAAGUGAACUCCACCUCUCUUGGCUUCAGGGCGUCUUGCAAACGUCAGCGAUGAAUGGAUGGCGGUUUGGAUCCGGGUACGUCAAGAGGAGGGGGGAGUGUGUGAUUCAUGUUGGAAAGGCUAUCACCAGGAAGGGAGCUUUUCUCCAAAUCUCGGAAUCAGUUAAGAGUGGACGUGUUUUCAAGAUCCUCAUCCCAUCUUCCGGGGCCGGGAAAGGAUGGGCUAUUAUGAUCUCCUUGCUCCAGGAUUUCUUCCAGUUUGAGCGUUUGCACCGCGACAGGUUUGUUUUGGACAGUUCGUGCAAUAAAUCCGGCCAGGCCGUCCCUGCGCAACAAUCUUAUGCCGACGUGGUUAAGGGUGGGGGUUUCUACGGUGCCGGGAGGUGUAUGAUUAGAGGGUCGGGUGGGGAACGCUUUAUCGAAGUGAAUAAAGACGGUGUGGAGGAGAGGCGUGAGUUCCUUGGCAGGAGUCUGGUGAUUCGGUUCCAUCCUACGACCGAUGAGGUGUUCUCUGCUGAAUCUGCUCAUGGUUUCGUGAUAUGGGCAAUCAAGACUUGGGCCAUUGAUGCUAAUUACGGUUUCGAAAGUACGAACAGCGGGAAAUGGAUCCUCACUUGUCCAAGCAUUCAACAGGCUCUUCGCAUCAAGGCUUUUGACCAGUGUAGAUAUAAGAGUUUCGUCAUGGAUAUUUCCCAUUGGAGUGAGAUCUCUCUGAAGCAUGACGUUUCAUCAGCACGGUGGGUCAUGGUGUCUGGGAUUCCGGUACACUUGAAGAGCGUCAAUUUGAUAAGGAGCAUUGGUGAGUUUUGUGGGUCGUUGGUAGAGAUAGAUUGGAAUCAUUGGACCUCCGACGUGAUCAGGCUUGGAGUCAGGGUCGUAGGAGAACUACCAGAGCGUAUCCCUAUUCGCUUCGGCGCUGACUGUUAUUGGGUCAAGGUUUCUCCGGUAUCAGAGUUGUACACCGGUGAAUCCUCCGAUCCGAGUUUCCGUCCGAGAGGGGAUAUGAAUCGGCCCACAUCGGUUAGCGGCUCGAUGCAAAAGGGUGAACGUUGCAUGGGGGUAGUCCAUUAUGGAGCGCGCCGCCCGGAGAGAGGCGCUUUGGUUUCCGUUGCGCAGCCAGCAGGGGUGAAAAGUAACUCUCUUAAUAAAUCCGCUAUGAGACACGUUUGGGUCCGCAAGCAUGGGCCUAUUUGGUAUGGGCCGAGGCCACCGAACCCUUCUGGGCCAGAUUUGUCAGGCUUGAAGAGCAAUUUGAUGGUGGUGCACAAGGCCACGGCCAGAGGACUGAGCCUCACUUGUCCUCGUUGGUUUUAUAAUUUUCUGUCCAAUAUCAUGAUGGAGAGCCCAAUUACCUAUAUUGUUCCCUGCCCCAGCCCGUUUGUUUGGCUGUUCAAGGUGGUCUUGCUAAAGAAGAGUUGGAUAUCUGAUUUUCCUGUCCCACACUCCAUGUCCAUAAUUUUUGAUCCGAUCGGCGAGUCUUCUGCCUCGAUCUCCGUCAACGCCACGGGGCCUUUCUCCUCAAGCUCUGUUCCAUCCCCAGCUAGCUCCGAGCUUCCCAACCCGGAACUCUCUCCGCAGUCCCUCGAAAGAGUUUCGCCGACUUUGACGGGCGGUUCAUUUCCCCCCCCCCCCAAUCACCGAUAA